UCUCCUUUCUUUCACAUUGACAGAAAAUCGGGAAGAGUUACACUGGCGCAGAAGAGUCCAAAUAGCAAUAGGUGCAGCCAGUGGCUUAGCCUAUCUUCACACUCAUGGGAAGCCUAUAAUUCAUAGGGACAUUAAAGCUUCCAAUGUUCUUCUAGACUCUGUAAGUUCCCUCUUUCUGGUGGUUUUCAUAGGAAUAGAACAUAGCAGUCAGUAAAAAUUGUUUUAUGGUUUUAAAUUAUGUGAUUGCACUGAAUAUUUUGCCAACAUUGGUAGCACUUCAAUGCCAAGAUUUCAGAUUUCGGCCUUGCUAAAUAUGGACCCGAAGAUGAAAAUGAUCACCUCAGCACAAAGGUUAUUGGCAGCAGGGGCUACUUUGCUCCAGAGUACUUCUAUAGAGGUAGGUAUCAAAAAUCAACCUUUCCCCCUCACCAGUUUUUGGAGAAAUAAAAAAAAAAUAUAUUUUUUAACGGUUACAGGGCACUUGACCAUAAAGGCUGACGUAUAUAGCUUCGGAGUGGUACUUUUGGAGAUUUUGUCUGGUUCAUGUGCUGAGAAGAGAUGUUCAAAGGGGAUUCCAGAAGAUCUAAUUGAGAAAACAAAGUACCUCCUCUGCCGGAACACCAAGCCGGAACUGCAUACAGUCAUGGACAAGCAGCUUGGAAACAUCCCCAUGGAAGAAGCUCAAAUAUUCGCUGAGCUUGCCUACCAAUGCCUCAGCCAAAACCCCGAAAGCAGACCAACCAUGGGAGAAGUGGUAGCUGGUUUAGAGCAGUUGCAACACAGCAAAGUUGGAGCCAGUACUCUCCACAACUCCAUGGUUGCGAGAUUUUCUGCCUGGCCUCCUCCCUCUUCCAAAAGGUCCUCCAGAUAAUUUGGAUGUGAACAAUCAAGUUUGUUGAUAUGACUAUCCUGGAAAGACCUGCACGUGCCUUUGGCGAUAAACCUGAUAUCUAACAUGUAACAAUGAUAAUUUGUGUAAUGCCAAUGAGCACAUGCUUUCUAAAACUUCAACCAUCCACUUGAAAAGAUUUCACUACGGUCCAAUAUGUUGUGAUGUGUUCGUUCAUACUAUUACUAUUAUACAAUGCGACACAACUUGUCAUGAGUACUGCAUGAAGGAUAAAUGUGUAUACAACUCAAUCAAAGAAAAAAAGUGUAUAAAUAUAGUUGCGAAUUUAGCUUGAAUUAUUCACACCAAUAUAUUAAACAAGUGGAUUGCCACGACUUUGGAGCUCCAUAUCAUAUGAAAAAAAGGCUGCCCAGUAACCUGUUCCAGCAUACUUCAAAAUUGUGUCGCAUGAAUGACAUGCCUCGUACUCCAUUCUAAGGGAACGAAAUGGUAACAGAAGAAAUUUACAAAUCUGAGCGCCCUUUUUAAUGCACUCGUGGAGAUUGUUGGAUGGAUCGCAAUGGAGAUGCAAUGGGUGGUGGAUUUAGAGGAGAACGAUGUUGUCGCAUUGGAGACUUCCGAGGAGAAAAGGAAACUGGGUGCUGCUCUGGUUGGGGAAGAGAAGCUGAAUUUCUUGGGCCUUCAAGUUGUUCAAGCGUUGAUAAUACAUCUGCCAUCUUAGGCCUAAGUUUAGCUUCAUUAAGCAGGCACUGCAUGGCAAGCGUGGCAGCUGUAUAUGCACCUUUCUGAGGAUAUUGGCCCUCUAAUUUGGUGUCCAUGAUCCGAAACAACUUUCUUCUGUCACCCAAAUAUGGCUUUGCCCAGUCUACCAGAUUCUGCUCAAUACCUACUUUUGUUUUAUCAACAGCACGUCGUCCAGAUAGUAGUUCCAAUAGUACAACCCCAAAACUAUAAACAUCACUCUUAGCUGUGAGACGACCUGUUCAUUGGCAAAUCCACAGGUAAGAUGACCACCUUAAAAUCACUUUUAAUUUAUAAAUUGACAACAAAGUUAAAAAAAAAGCAAUAAACAGAGUAAAAAUACACUGUUAUUCUCUUUAAACACUGUUAUUCUCUGAAUUGCACUUGCCAUAAAAGGGUCGUUUUUUUUUUCCACAAUAGCUCACCCAAUAACAGAUACUAAGAACUAAUAAUUGUGGAUAGCAAGGUAAGACUACACAAUAAAUCAAAUUGAAAGCACAUAAACCUGUAGCAACAUAUUCUGGAGCAGCAUAGCCAUGAGUUCCCAUAACCUGAGUAGACACAUGAGUCCUGUCACCAGUCGGACCUGCCUUAGCCAAACCAAAAUCGGAAAGCUUUGCAUUGAAGUCCUGCAUCACAAUGUGUAACCGGUAUAUGUAACUUAGACAAGAAUGCAAAACGUAAUCAUUAUAUAAUCAAC